AACUCACAAGUGGCAUGUCGGACUUUAAAGAGCAGUUUGAGCAGAAGUUGGACAACUUAUUACAGUCUAAGAAUGACAAUGUGGUCAUUCCUCGGAAAGAGAAACGUGCACAGUGGAUAGCUCAGCUGCUUAGAAUUGAAAAGGAACUGCCUAAAACCAGCGAUGACUAUAAUAUGAAAAAAAGAUUCGAAAUUCUCAGAGUUGGUGACGAUGACCGACUUAUUCGGAAGCGUAAAGGAUUGGACACUGAAUUUAAGUUUAUAGUGUGCUUUGAGGAAGUUCAUCAGGCCAUUUCGGUCGCGCAUUCAGCUGUGGGUCAUGACGGUGAAAAGAAAACUUUCAAAGAAGGAGAAAAAAAGUGGGCUAAUUUGACUAUGCAGUGCUGCCAGAUGUUCAUAAGUUUUUGCAUUGAGUGUCAAGAGAAGAAAAAACGUAGAGUACAUAAAGGUCUUUUGGUGAAGCCUGUUAGAAGCGAGACUAUUUUUUCUCGAUGCCAAAUUGACUUGAUCAAUUCUCAAACAUUACCUGAUGGGGAAUUUAAAUAUAUUCUGACCUUCAUCAACCAUUUCAGCAAGUUUUGUGUGCUGCGGCCCCUUACAUCAAAACGAGCUGAGGAGGUUGCAAACACGCUUCUCCCAAUAUUUUUGACCUUCGUCGCUCCCGUUGUCCUGCACUCGGAUAACGGGAGAGAGUUUGUGAAUGCCGUUAUAUCAGAGUUGUCUACGCUCUGGCCUGAAGUUAAGCUCGUCACUGGUCGGCCGCGCCACCCACAAAGCCAAGGUGCAGUUGAAAGAUUGAAUGGAGUCAUUCAAGACAAAUUAAAAAUUUGGAUGCACGAAAACAAGUCCAGCAGGUGGAGCGUUGGGGUCCACUUUGUCCAGUGGCAAAUAAACAUUUCGGAACAUGAAACCAUAAAAACAAGUCCGUUUAAAGUCAUGUUCGGGAUCGAACCCAAGGUAGGCCUAGCAUCCACUGUUAUUCCACCUAAUAUGCUCGGCAAUAUAAGAACUGAAGAAUAUUUAGACACCAUCCUCCAAAAUGAAGCCGAAGGGGCGGCUGAUGAAGAGGAACAAGAAGGAGAGGAGGAACAGGAAGGAGAAGAGGAACGAGAUGGAGAAGAGGCGCCGCAGUUCGCUGAAGCUCGGCAACUGGCUGCAGCCGGCCAAGAAAAAACUGCACUUAGAAUGACAAGGAGAGCGAAACACCUCUUAAGUGCCCUACAAGUGGGUGACAACGCGACGCUGAAAGUUCCCGAGUUUGAUCGUGGGCCGAGUGACAGCAGGAACCUCCUGGUUGUGGUACUGCAGAGAGACGAGGACCUGUACCAGGUAGGCUGCAGAGAAGGACGCAUAACCACCCGGUACACGGCAGCUGACAUGGACCCCGUUAAGGAAAAGCUCCUCACCCCAGAUGAGGUUCCCGACGUUGAAAUGGCUUUGAGAACCGCUGUAACCAGGUACACAGGAGGCCAAGGGUAUGUGAAGUGUGCCUGUAAAACAAAUUGCACAACUUCCAGAUGCUCCUGCACAAAUAAGCUGUUAAAAUGUAACUCUCGUUGCCAACCUGGUCGUUCUUGUAGCAAUAUUUAAGUGUUAAAGUAGUGUCAAUCCCUUUUAGUUUGAACAAUAAAUACUAAUAAAUACUAAUUUUAAUUUGAACAAUAAAUACUAAUUCUCUU